UUAGUUAUACAACUUGCGGAGACUGUGGGUUGCUGUGGAUACUAUUUAAGAUACAUGUACAGGUUGCUAUUGUCUGGAGAUUACAAGUUACAGGAAGCUAAUUUAUGUAACCUACACGAUGACUGAGGAUGUACAGAGGCAUUCAGUGCAUACGUUGGUGUUCCGUUCCCUGAAAAGGAGCCAUGAUAUGUUUCUAUCAAAUCAUGGAUUUCUUGCACCAAUUGAUGAAAAGGCUGAGAAAGUGAAGAAAAGUGUAAAAGCAAGAGACAGUUAUGGCUUAGUAUUUGACCGUGUAAAAAGAAGUAAUGCUAUGAAGUUGCACAAUGCAGAACGAGGAGACCUGAAUCUUCAGCAUGGAACUGUACAAGAUAAUGUGAACUACACUGGUGACACUGCAGUGGCUGGUGAAGGAGCUCUUGUCCCAACCAUUGCUGGGCCUGGUGGUGGUCUGGUUCAUGUACCAGCACCUGCAACUAGUAACACAGUACAAAGCAUUAUACCUCGUCGAGCCCCUGCCAUGCCAAAACCAAAGUGGCAUGCUCCGUGGAAGUUAUAUCGCGUGAUAUCAGGUCACUUAGGAUGGGUACGCUGUGUGGCAGUUGAACCUGGCAAUGAAUGGUUUGCGACCGGUUCCGCUGACAGAGUCAUUAAGAUCUGGGACUUGGCCAGUGGCCAUCUGAAAGUUUCAUUGACUGGGCAUAUCAGUAGUGUUCGAGGGUUAGCUGUCAGUGCAAGACAUCCUUAUCUGUUCAGCUGUGGUGAGGAUCGGCAGGUCAAAUGCUGGGACCUAGAAUACAAUAAGGUAAUUCGCCACUAUCAUGGACAUCUUAGUGCUGUAUAUACCCUGGCACUACACCCAAAUAUUGAUGUUUUGGUAACAGCUGGUAGAGAUGCAACAUGCCGUGUCUGGGAUAUGAGAACCAAGGCAAAUGUUCAUACGCUCACAGGACAUACAAACACAGUUGCUAGUGUUGUGUGUCAAGCUGCUGAGCCACAGAUUGUGACUGGGAGUCAUGACUGUACAAUCAGAUUAUGGGACCUGGCUGCAGGGAAAUCAAAGGCAACCCUUACUAAUCACAAGAAAAGUGUCAGGUCAUUGGUGUUCCAUCCAACACUGUACAUGUUUGCUUCAGCUUCUCCUGACAAUAUCAAACAGUGGAAGUGCCCAGAUGGGAAGUUCAUCCAGAAUUUGUCAGGUCAUAAUGCAAUUAUAAACUGUCUGGCUGUGAACCCUGAAGGUGUGUUGGUAUCAGGAGCGGAUAAUGGCACGCUGCACUGCUGGGACUGGCGAACAGGAUACAACUUUCAGCGGCUACAGGCUCCAGUUCAGCCUGGUUCCAUGGACAGCGAGUCUGGUAUUUUCUCCAUGAUAUUUGACCAGAGUGGAAGCAGACUGAUUACAACAGAAGCAGAUAAAACAAUAAAGAUAUACAAGGAAGAUGACACAGCUACGGAGGAGACACAUCCAAUUCACUGGCGGCCAGAGAUUCUCAAGAGAAGGAAGUAUUAAAGGACAAAUUUGGACUACUAAAUAUGCUUCAAAGGUUUUUUGGAACUGUAAACAUUUUAUUAAUAAAUAAUCCAA